UAAUGUUACCAUAGCAACCCAAGUUUCUCACCAACGUUGUCAAGGAAACCCAAGAACCCCUCACCCCAUCCCCCGCGUUGCCGUGGCAACCCGCCAAAACUCCAUCGUCUUGUGACGUCACCAGAGUUCGGUCUCUAUGAUUGGUCGACACGCACAGCGAGCCGCCUGCUGAUUGGCUGAUGGGGGGGGUGUCUCCGUCAUUUCUUUGAGCAGCAGAAGAACAAGAAGACGACCCUCGGAACGCCUCUGCGAGCCGGGCUGCAGUUCCUUUUAAAAAGCAGAGAGCGGGGACAAGAAGUGGAGCACCCGGCCCGUGACCACCGGUGCCUGAGUGAGGUGCACGGCAGACGGCACGGAGAGCGAGCGAGCGGGCGAGCGAGCGAGCGAGCAACAUGCUGGCCAAAGAGAAGAUCGUCAUCGGCAUUAGUGGUGUGACCAACGCAGGUAAAACCUCCUUAAGCCUCCGACUUCAAAAGGCACUCCCCAACUGCAAAGUCAUCCACCAAGAUGACUUCUUCAAGCCUCCAGAAGAAGUCGUGGUGGAUUCAAAUGGCUUCUACCAGUAUGACGUCAUCACCGCCUUGAACAUGGACGCGAUGAUGAACGUUGUGAACGCGUGGAUCAAAGACCCCUCUGGAUUCAAGGGAUUGUCUUCUGAGUCCCACAUCGCCAGUCAGCCCCUGCACUACGAUCCCGACGCUCCUCACAUCCUGAUCAUCGAGGGCUUUCUCAUGUACACCUACAGGCCGCUUUUAAACGUGUUCGACUUCCGAUAUUUGCUGACCGUUCCGUUCGACGAAGCCAAGAGGAGACGCAGCACCAGGGUGUACUGCCCCGCGGAUCCUCCCGGCUACUUCGAGGGCCACGUUUGGCCGAUGCACCUCGAGCACAAGGAAGAGAUCCGCAGCCUCGGUGUGCACGUCGAACCUUGCCUGGACGGGACGAGUCACCCGGACGAACUGUUCCGGCUGGCGUACGACGACAUCAGUGCCAAGGUCCGGCGAUUGUCGUCCGGCUUGUAACGGCUUCCGUUGGACUAAACUAAACACUGCACUGUUUGUGUUGUCAGGUGGGGCCCACUGAGCUGUAUAGCUGUAUACUCUUAGGUUUUUUCGGUAAAGUCACGUAGAUAAAAAAUAAAAUUAAAAUUAAUAAAAGUAAAA